CGGCAGCAUGGCUGCUCACCGCUCUGGUCCGCUCAAGCAACAGAAUAAAGCUCAUAAAGGCGGGCGACAUCGGGGUCGGGGAUCCGCGCAGCGGGACGGCAAGGGCCGUCUGGCACUGAAAAGCCUCAGCAAGAAGGUGAGAAAGGAGCUCAGCAGAGUAGACCAGAGGCAUCGCGCCAGUCAGAUCCGGAAGCAGAAGAAGGACGCGGUUCUGGCAGAGAAGAGACACCUGGGCAGCAAAGAUGGUCCUCCUCAUCAGGUACUGGUGGUGCCCCUGCACAACAGGAUUUCCCUGCCAGAGGCCUUUCGUCUGCUUCAGGAUAGGGACACUGGAACAGUACACUUGAAUGAAUGGGGAAGCACCCACAGCUUUAUGCUGUUAUGCCCUGGCUUGAAACAUCGGUGGUUUUUCACAUCUGCAAGGCCAGGGGAUCUGCACACUGUGCUCGACUUCGCUAAAGUGGCUGAUACCAUCCUCUUCCUCCUUGACCCGCUGGAAGGCUGGGACAGCACUGGGGAUUACUGCCUUUCCUGUCUCUUUGCUCAGGGCCUUCCCACCUAUACACUAGCUAUCCAGGGGAUUUUGGGCCUCCCACCGAAGAAACAAAUAGAAGCCAGAAAGAAGCUAAGUAAAGUAGUGGAGAAGCGUUUUCCUGAUGACAAGCUCCUUUUAUUAGACACUCAACAGGAGGCAGGGAUGCUGCUCAGACAGUUGGUUAACCAAAAGCAACGGCAUCUUGCUUUUCGAGAUCGGCGGGCCUACCUCUUUGCUCAUGCUGCUGACUUUGUGCCUAAUGAAGAGAAUAACUUCGUGGGAACCUUGAAAAUUUCAGGCUAUGUUCGUGGACAGACUAUGAAUGUAAAUAGCUUGUUGCAUAUCAUUGGACACGGUGACUUCCAGAUGAAACAGAUAGAUGCUCCUAUGGACCCUUUCCCUUUAAACCCUAGAGUGAUCAAAUCCCAAAAGGACCCAGGCAUGGCAGUGGAGAUUGGUGUUAUGGAUGCUGUAGCUGAUAUGGAGGAAGACCCUAAGGUCCUAAUGAAGGCAGACCCUAAUAGACAAGAAUCUUUGCAAACAGAGGUUAUACCAGAUCCAAUGGAGGGGGAGCAAACCUGGCCUACUGAGGAGGAACUGAGUGAGGCAAAUGACUUCUUGAAGGAAAGGUCCAAGGUGGUAAAGAAGGUUCCUAAAGGAACAUCCAGUUACCAAGCUGAAUGGAUUUUGGAUGAGGAUAGCGAAAAUGAUGGGGAAGGAGAUGAAUAUGAUGAUAUAGAACAUGAGGAUUUUAUGGAAGAGGACUCUCAGGAUGAGAGUAGUGAAGAGGAAGAAGAGGAGGAAUGUGAAACUAUGACUAUAGGAGAGUCUGUGCGUGAUGAUCUGUAUGAUGAGAAAGUGGAUAAAGAGGCUGAAGAAAAAAUGCUUGAGAAAUAUAAACAAGAAAGACUAGAAGAGAUGUUUCCAGAUGAAGUAGAUACCCCUCGUGAUAUGGCUGCUAGAAUUCGAUUUCAGAAAUACAGAGGCCUCAAGAGCUUCCGGACAUCUCCAUGGGAUCCUAAGGAAAACCUUCCUCAAGAUUAUGCUCGGAUCUUUCAGUUUCAGAACUUUAUUAAUACCAGGAAACGUAUCUUUAAAGAAAUCAAGGAAAAAGAGGUUGAAGGAGCUGAGGUUGGCUGGUAUGUCACCCUUCAUGUCUCUGAAGUACCUGUCUCUGUGGUUGAGUACUUCAAGCGUGGAGCACCUUUGAUUGGGUUUUCUUUACUACCUCACGAACAGAAGAUGUCAGUACUGAAUAUGGUAGUAAGCCGGCAUCCCGGUAACACUGAACCUGUGAAAGCUAAAGAGGAGCUGAUCUUUCACUGCGGGUUCAGACGCUUCCGAGCCUCACCUUUAUUUUCUCAGCACACUGCAGCGGAUAAACAUAAAUUUCAGAGAUUCUUGACUGCUGACAUGGCCCUGGUGGUGACAGUAUAUGCCCCAAUCACUUUUCCUCCUGCAUCUGUGCUGCUUUUCAAACAGAACAGCAAUGGAAUGCACAGCCUCAUUGCCACAGGCCAUCUACUGUCAGUGGAUCCAGACAGGAUGGUCAUCAAGAGAGUUGUUCUCAGUGGUCAUCCUUUCAAAAUUUUUACUAAGAUGGCAGUAGUGCGUUACAUGUUCUUCAGCAGAGAGGAUGUGCUGUGGUUUAAACCGGUGGAACUGAGAACAAAGUGGGGCCGCAGGGGACACAUCAAGGAGCCUUUAGGUACUCAUGGCCAUAUGAAGUGCAGUUUUGAUGGGAAGCUAAAAUCUCAGGACACAGUACUGAUGAACCUCUAUAAACGAGUUUUCCCCAAAUGGACUUAUGAUCCAUAUAUACCAGAACCAGUACUUUGGGUGAAAAGUGAGAUUUCAGCAGUGCCAGAAGUAGACAUGCAGUAAUGGAUUCAAUGGGAUUCUG